AUGAGGCCAAGCCAAGAGGCGCUUUGCAAAGCCAAGCCAAGAGGCGCUUUACGAGGCCAAGCCAAGAGGCGCUUUACGAGGCCAAGCCAAGAGGCGCUUUACGAGGCCAAGCCAAGAGGCGCUUUACGAAGCCAAGCCAAGAGGCGCUUUAUGAGGCCAAGCCAAGAGGCGCUUUACGAGGCCAAGCCAAGAGGCGCUUUACGAAGCCAAGCCAAGAGGCGCUUUACGAGGCCAAGCCAAGAGGCGCUUUACGAGGCCAAGCCAAGAGGCGCUUUACGAGGCCAAGCCAAGAGGCGCUUUACGAGGCCAAGCCAAGAGGCGCUUUAUGAGGCCAAGCCAAGAGGCGCUUUAGAGGCCAAGCCAAGAGGCGCUUUGCGAAGCCAAGCCAAGAGGCGCUUUACGAAGCCAAGCCAAGAGGCGCUUUGCGAAGCCAAGCCAAGAGACGCUUUACGAAGCCAAGCCAAGAGGCGCUUUGCGAAGCCAAGCCAAGAGACGCUUUACGAAGCCAAGCCAAGAGGCGCUUUGCGAAGCCAAGCCAAGAGGCGCUUUGCGAAGCCAAGCCAAGAGGCGCUUCGCGAAGCCAAGCCAAGAGAUGCUUUACGAAGCCAAGCCAAGAGACGCUUUACGAAGCCAAGCCAAGAGGCGCUUUACGAAGCCAAGCCAAGAGGUGCUUUACGAAGCCAAGCCAAGAGGCGCUUUACGAAGCCAAGCCAAGAGGCGCUUUGCGAAGCCAAGCCAAGAGGCGCUUUACGAAGCCAAGCCAAGAGGCGCUUUACGAAGCCAAGCCAAGAGGCGCUUUGCGAAGCCAAGCCAAGAGGCGCUUUAUGA